CCGCACAGGGUCGACAUUCCUUCCGAUAUGGCACUUCAGAAGUCUACUUGAACGAUAAGUCCGGAUGAUACUGUGAGUCUCACGUACAGACAACUGAAUGUAUAUUAUUUAUAAUAUAAACCAUGCUGGACCUUGUUGUCUUUCGGUCAGGUUCAAUAUGCGAUAGCAGCUCCACCGUAGCUGCUGUCUUCGAGAUCCCCGAAGGUCCUCUACAUCUAUGUGGAUAAUACAACGAAUGACUGUGGACUUCGGUGUCAAAAUUGCAUGCUUGAGCUCUGGAGAUUCAGAUGCUCUGGUUUCGGGAGCUCUUGAGUUUCUCAGAUCGGGUGAACAUCCGAUUGUGAGUUUUUUACAUGGAGUGUAAAGCUUAAAUCUGUUCCCAGAGAUACUCCCUGUAGUCUUUAGAAAGCUCCAUCAGACUCUCAUUAUUCAAGGUGCUAAAUUCAGGGAGAAUUUGAUUCUGGUUUGUAUUUGGUAUCCCAAUUAAGUCAGCACUUCACAAAGCAAAAUUGUUGUGUCAGUUCUCAAGAGUGUCCAAUAUUUUACAGAAAAUCAAAUAAAGUAAUUUAGCGGGUAUUUUCAAUGGGCUCUCGGGCUAUCGCACAUCGUUUAGUUUGUAAAAUGCCUUGCCCUGAUUUAUAUGGUCGG